UUUUCUAUGGUGUCAAAUGUCAAUCUAACAAACUAACCUCAACAUAGCCAGUUUUUUGUUGGUUUAAUUAACAAAUAUCUAAAUAACUUGUUAUCAGCCGUUUCGUCUAGUACACUUUCCUGUUGCAGAAGUGAAUUUUAAAAUAAAUGAUAAUGGAGGAUGACGAACAAGAAGAUGUUAAAAAGAUGACAGAGUUCAUAAAUAAACAAAAAUCUAGUUACCAGAAUAAUGUUCAAUUAGAAUUUGAAGACUUUGUUAAUUUCAAGCAAGAUUAUAGUGAUCAGGAAUUUGAUGAAGAUGACGAAGAAUCUUGCUAUGAAGUUCUCAGCAUUAAAACUUUAUAUUUAGAUAAUGCGCCUGGUCAAGAGUUAGUUUUUACUGAAGAAGAACAAAAUACCAUAGACUCAUGUACAGAACCUGAACUGAAAAAGUUACUCAUAUUAAAUAGAUCGAAGAACAUGCAACUUAUAAAACUUCAUAAAAAAAUUCAAGGAUUCUUGGCAGAAUGUGAAGCUGAAAUAGAAGAAAAGAAGAAUGUGUUGAAAAAUUCUGAACCAAAACAUUUAAAUCAACAAACAUUUAUUUGGAAACUUGCUGCUCCAUAUUUUAAGGACAAAAAGUUUUUUCCAUGUCCUCUUAACUCGGACGCCAUGCGGAAACGUAAUAGAGAUGAAUUGAGUGUUUAUGAUUUAAACCCAUCACCAAAGUGGACACCAAUUGAAUUUGAUCGUUUAAAUAAUGCAGUUAAGUGUAAUUAUAAUAUAAACAGGCAAAACAAUAUUGUCUCAAAAAUAAGUGCUUUGAAAAACAAAAUGAAAAGUGGUGAUGAAGAUAAAAGCUUAGUCGAAGAAAUUUUAAAUUUAAAAGAACAGUUGGAAGAAUUGAAAAUUGGGGAUGAUAAAUUGCCACCAUUGAAUUCAAAUGAGUUCAUCAGUUGGUAUAAAGUAGCAGAAACUUUUUUAAAAGACAAACACACGGCGGUAGAAUGCGAAUCAGUAUGGCACAUGCUCCUUCAUCCUGAUAUUAAUAAAUUAGAAUGGACCAAAGAAGAAAAUAAAUCUUUAGAAACAAUAGCAAAACAGCAUUCAUUCCAAAACUGGGAUGAAAUUGCUGCUGAGUUAAGUACUAAUCGCACUGGCUUUACAACUUGCCUACACUACCAUAGCAAGCUUUGUGAUAAAUUUAAAAGAAGUAAAUUCAUACCAGAAGAAGACAAGUUUUUGUUAGAAGUAGUGGACAUCUACAAAGUUGGAAAUUUCAUUCCCUGGAAUAAAGUAGUGUGCCAUUUCAAUAAUCGCUCCAGACAUCAGUUGUAUCAUAGAUACACAUAUUUUCUGUCGCAAAAUCAUGUAAAAAGGGGCAAAUUUUCUGAAGCUGAAGACAUCUUGCUAAUAAUUCUAGUCAAUAAAUUUGGACGAAAUUUCAAAAAAUGUGCAGAGUAUAUGCCACAUCGUUCUCAGGUUCAGUUGAAAAGCCGUUACAAUUCAAACUUACAAAGACAUAUAAAGAAAGGGACAUUUACCUCAGAAGAUGAUGAAGUUAUUUAUGAUUAUGCUAAAAAGUUUGGUGAAAAAAGCUGGAGUAAUUUGGCCACAAAACUGAGAAGAUGCAACGCACAAAUUCGUCAAAGGUAUAAAUUAAUAAAAACAUUUUUACAAGAGAAUCCACAAGCAUCAGUGGCAGACAUUCCAAAGAGAAGACAUCGCUUUGAUCAGAUGAAUGAAGGGCAACAUGAUUUCUUAAAUUACAUGGCAGAACAGUACAAAGAUACAGAUGAGAUACCUACAUUGUCAGUAAUCGAGGAGAGCUUACAGGCUGAAUUAAUAAGUCCUAAUUUAAACAGAUCCUUUCAAAAGAAGAUCAACAAACCCGCAAUUGAAUCAUCGGAAGCGAAACCCAAAAAUAUUGAUGCCAUGCUUACUGAUCUUUUUACUAGUUCAAUCAAGAUGAAACAAUGUGGAGUAAUAACAGAGGCGUAUCUUAACGAAGCGACGGACAAUGCAAAUCAAAUAUUGAAGUUACUGGGUGUUAAGUUAUAUAUUCCAAAAGACUUAGAAAAUGAUCAUUAUGUUGAUAAUGUUGAUGUAAAAAUUUUAGAACGGAUUUCAAAAAACAACAAUUUAAACCAAACAGAGGUAAGUAGACUGAUCCCACCAAAUCUCAAUACGUUAGUUGGUUUAAGAAGUUUGAUACUUAAACACAAAGAGUGUAAGUCACAACAGAAAAGCAAAUAUUUUGCGAGUACCUCCAAAUGUAACCCAGUUUCCUCACAAACAGACGAAGGGCCUGGUAGUACACAAGAAUUAGAAAAACAUGGAAUUUUGUACCACAGAGAAUUAUUUUCACAACGUUUUGAUAUGCUGUUUGAUUGGAGUGCCUUCUUGUCCUUAGAAAAACCAAACCAAUUAAGCGUGCCAGAGCAGGUAACAGCAAACAACUUAUCCUCAACAUCAAAAAAAACGUAUAGUAAGAGACAAGGCCCUCAAAACACCUCCGCUCCCAAAAAACGAAAAAUCGACGUAUCAGCUUUAACAGAUCUAAGUAAGAAUCCACAGUUGAAGUCGGUCGAUAAACAAGUGGUGGAAGAUUUAAUUAAAAAAAAUAAUAUAAAGGUGAUUAGGCUAGAUUCAAUAUCUGGAUUAAAUAUAAAACGUGUUAGUAAACCAACUAGCAAUGUAAAUCAUUCCAGAAGCGAACCAUCAGUAUCAAGUGCUGAUGACAGUGUUACCAUUAGCAGCAAUUCGUCACCGUCUACUGAUAAUGAAAAUAUUGUAACUAAUGAUGACCUGCAAGAUGUUGAAACUCUUAACACUUUAUUGAAAACAUUGAAAUCUGAAGCAAACACUGGACCAAGUUGCCAAAAUGAUGAAUAUCAAGCCAUUAAAGGCGAUGUACAGUUGUUAAAAGAGAUUCUGCAAUACGAAAAAAUUCAAGUGAAGUCGGAUCCUGAGGGUUCAUAGUUUUUUUUGCAAUCAUGUUAAAUAAAUAAUUUGUAUAAA